UCGGUGGGCGGAAAAGCGGUAGUGUGUUUCUGUAAGUGCAGAUAAAGGCGAACCGGGUGUUUUUAUCUAGCCCUUUCAUACAGGGACAACGUACGACUUUAGUUCCGAGCCUGGUGAAAUGGCGGUUCCUGCGGGUCAGACGGACGUCCAGAUGGACCGCGGCGCCCUGAGCGGCCAGACGGUUUCCUCCGAAAACAACAUAGACAUCGACGAGAAAGAGUUGGAAAACAUCACAAAGAAACACCGAGAAGAAGACACGGCGACGCUGCCUCUGCACUCGCCUUGGACGUUUUGGCUGGACAGGUCACUGCCUGGCACCACAGCAGCAGAAUGUGAGUCCAACUUGAAGAAGAUCUACACAGUUCAAACUGUUCAGAUGUUCUGGAGUGUAUACAACAACAUCCCUCCAGUCACAGCCCUGCCUUUGAGAUGUAGCUAUCACUUAAUGCGGGGAGAGCGGAGGCCGCUGUGGGAAGAAGAGAGUAAUGCAAAAGGAGGCGUAUGGAAGAUGAAAAUACCAAAAGAAAACACUUCUGCAGUUUGGAAAGAAUUGUUACUCGCUACUAUUGGAGAGCAGUUUGCAGAUUACUGCGCCUCAGAUGAUGAGGUGGUUGGCGUCAGCGUUAGCGUCCGGGAUCGGGAAGAUGUUGUACAGGUGUGGAAUAGCGACGCAUCUCUCGCUAAUGAAGCAAAUAUCUUGGGGAAGGUUUAUGAGCUGCUCCCGUACAUAUCUUUUAAAGCUGUUUUUUAUAAGUCUCACAUGGAGCAUCAUGCCUUUGAGGGAGGACGCUCAAGACAUUAGAUUCUACUGCCCCCCCCCCCCUUUUCUUUUUUUUUUUUUUAACCUGAACUCUGUUCCUGCCUUGGCGUAAAGGCGCUGUCCACAACCUAAUCGAGGAUAUUAUUUUGCUCUCAACAAGGAAAUGUUAUCAAUCUAUUUUUAUAACUUUUAAUGACUGAUGCCUUGUUUCAUUUAAAUGUGGGUCCUAACAGCUCGAAACUCUCGAGAGAAUGUUUAUCCAGCGUAAAUCUCAUCCCGAGUUCAAUACUUCACGUCAGUUUUUUGCCUUUCCUGCUACACUGAACUGCACUGCGACCAUGGUCCCGUCAUGUGCACAGACUGUGGACCUCGCGAUUUUAUUCCUGGUAGAGGUAGCAGCUACUUAACCUAGCUAGUUUCAGCUGUUGUGUAUGUUAGACGUAUGCAUUCAUGUCGUGUUUUAAUCAAGUCUGCUUUUUCGGUGCCAAAGCACUUUCCUACCAUUUAAGGAGCUUGUAUCUUAAUGGUGAAGGUGUCGUUUGUAUUCAGCUGGACAUUUGCCACUUGGAUGGAGGUGAAUGUCCCAGUUGAUUUCUUGAAUCUUCAUCAAGUGUACAUCAAACUUAAAUCAGGGUAACAUUUCAAAGAUAUUGCACAUAGCUGCCAGUUCCCAUCAUGAUGUUAUCCAGUUAUAAAGCUGUCAUAUAGCACAGAUAUGACAUUCAGAGCCUGUAUAUUUGGCUUGUGAUUUUUAGCUUUUUUUUUCUUUUUUUUUUUCUUUAACAGCGUUAUCCUUUAAGGUGCCUCUAACAAUGCUCCUGCCCACACCCUGUUGGACACUUCUUUCAACAUACGUGUUGAAAGACCCCACCCCCGCCCCACUCUCUUAAACGGAGUCAUAGAUUGUUUGGGGGAGAUACAUGGCACAUUUUUUUGUGCUCAGCUCUUUGGUGUUUGUCUCUACUUGUUUCUCCUACCAAUAAAUCUAGUAGUUUGCUUACUUGGACUGUGUCCAUUAAAACACACACACACACACACACACACACACACACACACACACACACACACACACAGAGGGAAAGGGGCUGGAUUAUUUGCUUAAAAGAAUGUUACUGAAGGUCCCACUUUUCCCAGAUUUAGCAACGUUUGUAAAAGGAAAAAGUAUGAAUAAGUAAAAAACUGCAGAUGUGACAAGUUUCAGUUAUCACGACAUCGAUGAAAAAAAAUUACAUUUAUACUGGUCAUAAUUCUGUCCCAGUCAUACAUUUUUAUUUGUAUUUUUUAUUUUUUUGUCACAAACCUUUUCUGAGUCUCAUCAGUUUCCUUCACUAACCCUGUUCCCGUGCUGUGGUUUUAUUGCAGUGAAGGGCUUCAGUAACUGAAAUGCUUCUGGUAUGUCAGCACCACUUUUAUAGUUCAACUUUGGACGGGUUGAUGGGUACGAGAGGAGAAUUUGUCCUUUGUAAACAUAUUUUGCAGCGAUACGGGCAAAGUAAAUAAAAUGGAGCCAGAAAUGAAGUGCUUAUCACUGGCGUUUCAUUUUGCACAAUACAAACAUCAAUAACAGGCCCGUUAAAGGAAAUUAAUGUUAUUUCAUGGGGAAUGUCUCGGUGUAUUAAAAGCUUCUGCAUAUCCUCAGCCACUUUGUGCUAAUUCAUUCUGGCAGCGCAUUGAUUUUAGUCCUGACACACCUUGUAAUCGUAAGACCUGAUUUUAAAUACUCACUGAUGGUGAUUACAUGACUGAUAACCUCAGCUUUUCAGUCAUGAAUUUUUGGACCUUCCAUGAAGCAAGUUUGCUACUGAUAACAUUAAUACUGGGAUUAAAUUAGAUGUGAAAGUUUCGUCUGAAGAGAACAACUUGCUGUUGCUGUUUGGAAAUAAGAUGCAGGCCUCAAAAUCACAAGAGGCUAAAGGAUGCAGAGGAUAUUCUCAUUACCACAUAUAAUCUGUAUAACGUACCUCGUGUAGCUUUCAGUAAACUUUCUCAGAGACCAGAAAGGCUCAACCCAUCUAAAAUGACCUCAUUCACAACACAAGUAGUUGCUGCAAAGUUCCUUGUAAGUUCACUGAACCCCUCAGUCUAAAUACAUGUAUGAAAUGUUUUGGCAAUAAACACUGCAACAUUU